AUGCCUCGUCAGGUUAUGAUUAAACAAGUACGCAAUUUGGUCAACAAUAUUGAAAAAGAAAAAUGUUGCAUAACACUAGAUUCUAGAAUUCGAGAUUUGAUUAAUAAACACCAAGAAAUUUCGGAAGAGAAUCAAGAUUCUAAACAUGCUAUGGAUAUUCGAAGUAUUAAUUUGGAUGAUAUGCAAUUGUCAGAAGAUAUUCUGCGAAAAGAGUCGAAGCAAGAUUUAAUAUUAAAAAAAGUAGCAAUACAUAUUCAGCAAAGUUGGCGAAACUUUGAUCGUCAUAAAGAUAAAGAAAUAGUUAAUUUUUAUAAUCGACGGGAAGAGCUAUCUGUCAAUCGUAAUAUUAUAGAAUGGAAUGGGAGAUUGGUUAUUCCUAAUAAAUUAAGAAAUGCAGUGUUAGGAAUGAUUCACUGGGGACAUCCUGGGGAAAAUGUAAUGAAAUCUAUUUUUAGAUUGUAUUGUUGGUGGCCCAGAUGUGAUGUUGAUAUAGAAAAUUUUAUCAAAAUAUGUUCUGGAUGCCAGAAAAAUAGACCAUGGUUAGAAGUUGAUCUAAUGCAGAAUACCUCUGCUGAUGCUAUGAUAAAACGACUAAAUAAAUGGUUUGCUAGGUUUGGAAGAGAUUCAAUUAGCGAUCCCGAAGAAGCUAUGACACAGUUAACAACCUACAGAUUGGGAGAGCAUAGUUCCACAGAGAGAUCUCCUGCUAAAAUUAUGUUUGGGAGGCAAUUGAAAACAAGUCUGGAUUGGAUCCGACCAAAUGCCGAACACGAAAUAGUAAGGGCCAAUGAUAAACAAAGCCUUCAUCAUGAUUUAUAUUCAAAGGAAAGAGAAUUUGAAAUCUCACAACCUAUAUGGUUAAAUAAUGAAAAUACCAAUGGUUGGAGAGAGGGAGUAAUUAAAGAAAGAAUAGGACUUUAUUCUUAUAUUGUUGAAUCUUCCGAGAAAACAUUACGGAAGCAUGCAGAUCAGUUAAGAAAUCGUUUAGUUAUCCCAAAUCAUGAAAGUUCUUUGGAAGUUACAGAAAUGGUUGUGCCAGUGAAUGAAGCAAAUACAAACACAAAUACAAACCACAUUACGUUGUUCAUCAAGAAACCGUAA